AUGACAAUCAGACAAUUGACAAUUUACAAUAAGCUUCAUCUAAUAGCCUACUAUCUCGCGAUAAACAAACAGGCAAAAAUGUUAAGAUUUCGGCCCAAAUUGGGCACAGAGCGCAGCAAGGAAUGGCGUUGCUGUUUUUGUCUUCAUGUUCGAACUGGGACAAUUCUGUUGGGCACAUGGCAUUUGCUGCUACACUUGAUAGCAUUGGGAUUUCUGGCUGCGAUAGUCCGUGAUCCGAACUUGCUGGACGAAUUAGAACGUGAAUCAACCCCUGUUGCCGAUUGGAGUGAUUUAGGGGCAGAAAUGCCCACUCCACUGUCCAACGUGGAGACCCGCCCGAGCUCCUAUCCGCAACAUUCCCCCCCUCAUCCGCGCGAUCACAGCCUGAUAUAUCAUGAUGUGGAUGUGGGUGCGCUGGUUACAGUGUGCACACUGGCCAUCACCCUCAUGCUGAUCUACGGCGCGGCCCGCGGCAAGCCAGCACACCUGCUGCCGUUCUUCUGCCUGCAGAUAUUCGACUUUGCUAUCACUGUGCUGACAGCGACGGGCUACCUGUGCUACAUCCGCUCGAUCCACCGGCUGGUGGCGGAGGCGCGGCGCGUGCCGUGGCGCGACCAGCUGCUCGCGCUGCACGCGCCCGCGCUCGCCUUCGUUGUCAUCGCCACCUUCAUGCUCGCUGUACUGCUCAAGGGCUACUGCAUCAGCGUGGUGUGGAGGUGCUACAAGUACCUAACAAUGCGCACGCACGCGCUGCACAGCCUCACGCCGUUCGUGAUCUCGAGCGAGGGCGUGGUGACGCCGGCGCCGCCCUACGCCGCGCCCGCGCCCUACUCCAGCCUGCUGCCCGAUUACGAGGAGGCGGUCAAGCAGACCCCCCCGCCCUCGUACCGCGCCGCCACGCUCAUGGCCGCCACAGACCCCGCGCCGCCCGCUGACACCCCCGCGCCGCCUGCUGAUCAACCACCGCCAGUGGAGCAGAGUCCUUUACCGACCCACACCGUAGUGAUGUUGCCGCAGCAAGGCUCGCAGGCGCGCGUC